AUGAACGGCCUAGAGGAAGGGGUGGAGUUCCUCCCCACCAUGAACGCCAAGAAGUUGGAGAAGCCUAACCCGAAGCACUACAUGGUGGUGGCUGCCAUCCUUGCGGUCUGCCUGGUUGUUUCCUUAUUGGUGGGACUCCUGGUCUGGCACUUCGUAUACAAGAAUGCCCCCGUACAGAAGCUGUACAACGGCCACCUUAGGUUCACGGGCUCUCGCUUCAUAGAUGCGUACGAGAACUCCAACUCCUCGGAAUUCGCUACCCUUGCCGCAAAAGUAAAGAAAAUGAUUAUUGAUAUUUAUAAAAAUAAUCCGGAUGUUGGCCCGUUCCACAAGGAGACUGUGAUCACCUCAUUCAGCGAGGGCAGUAUUAUUGCUUACUACUGGUCAGAGUUCAGUGUACCCAAACUCCAAGCGGAUGCCCUUGAUAAGGCCAUGGCAAACAUCCAGGCUUCGAAUCAAGCAACACCGAUGAAGUUAAGGAAUCCUGACUUGAGAGUUGAUACAAUCGUGGCUUUCUCUACCAAUCCGGAGACAAUUAAGGCUUUACAGGACAACAGCUGCAAGUAUGCUUUGCAUGCAAAAGAAGGAUUGAUCACCAGCUUCACCACGCCAGGAUUUCCCAACAGUCCAUAUCCACCUAACGCUCGAUGCCAGUGGGAGCUGAGAGCAGACGUAGACUCGGUCAUCAGCCUGACCUUCACAACGGUGGACCUGGAACCAUGCAAAUUGGGGAGCGACACACUCGCGGUGUAUGACUCGCUCAGUGCCCUGGAACCCCAUGCAAUGGUCAAGCUUUGCGGCAGUUACAGUCUAUCCUACAACCUGACCUUUGUCUCCUCGCAAAACGUUAUGCUGGUGACUCUGAUCACGAACGGUGAGGGGCGAGACCCCGGCUUCAGGGCGGAGUUCUUCCAGAUGCCGAAGAUGAACACCUGCGGUGGAACCUUGAGAGGGAUAGCAGGAAACUUCACCACUCCGUAUUUCCCAGGUCAUUACCCUCCUAAGAUGAACUGCACUUGGAACAUAGAGGUUCCCCGUGACAAGAAUGUGAAGGUGCGUUUCCACAAUUUCUUCCUCGCGGAGCCCGGAGUCCCAGUUGAUUCCUGCACCAAGGACUAUAUGCAAGUCAACUAUGUAAAGCACUGCGGAUCAAAAAAGAUGUUUGUGGUAUCAAGUAAAACCAACAAAAUUGCAGUCCAUUUCCAUUCAGACCUUUCGUUUGUAGACACCGGCUUCUUAGCAGAGUUCCUGGCAUAUGAUUCUGGUGACCCUUGCCCAGGCAAAUUCACCUGCAAAACUGGCCGUUGUAUUGAGCUCAAGAAACGCUGUGACGGCUGGAACGAUUGCACUGAUGCCAGCGAUGAAGUAAACUGCACCUGCACCGAGAAGCAGUUCCGAUGCAACAACGGCUGGUGCAAGCCGAAAUACUGGCUCUGUGACGGCGUGAACGACUGUGGGGACAUGAGCGAUGAACUCCAGUGCCAAUGCCCAGCUAACAACUUCAAAUGCAGCAAUGGCAAAUGCAUCUUGGAGUCCCAGAAAUGCAACGGCAAAGAUGACUGCGGUGACGGCAGCGAUGAAGGGGACUGCAGCUCAGUAGUCACAGUUCCCUGCAAAGAAUACACUUACAAAUGCCGGAACAAUCUGUGUGUGAACAAGGAGAACCCCGAGUGCGAUGGGGUGAAGGACUGUGGUGAUAACUCAGAUGAAGACAACUGCAACUGUGGCACACGCAGCUUCACCAAGAAAUCCCGGAUUGUCGGUGGUCUCGACGCCGAGGCAGGCGAGUGGCCGUGGCAGGUCAGCUUGCAUGUGGGAAGCGAGGGUCACACCUGCGGAGCCUCUGUGGUAUCUGAGAAAUGGCUGGUGACAGCGGCGCACUGCUUUCAUGAUGCAAACUUUGCCAGAUUCUCAAAUCCCAAAUCGUGGAUAGCAUUCAUGGGGCUUCUCGACCAGCGGGACAGAAGCAAUCCCAGCGUUCAGCGGCGGGGGAUCAAGCGCAUCAUCACCCACCCAGACUUCAAUGAUUUUACCUAUGACAACGACAUCGCUGUGAUGGAACUGGAUAGCCCAAUCACCUUCACCAAGCAAGUCCAGCCCAUCUGUCUGCCUGAUUCCUCGCACAAGUUCCCGGCUGGCCAGGUCCUCCACGUGACUGGAUGGGGAGCCACGGCAGAACACGGUGCUGGUGCCAUCAUUUUGCAGAAGGCGGAAAUCCGGGUCAUCAACCAGACCAUAUGCGAGUCGCUGAUGCCCGGCCUGCUAACGUCGCGCAUGAUGUGUGUUGGGAUCCUGGAGGGAGGAACCGACGCCUGCCAGGGAGACUCCGGCGGGCCCCUUACCAGCAUCGAGGCCAAUGGCAAGAUGUUUCUGGCCGGUGUGGUGAGCUGGGGGGAUGGCUGCGCCCGACGGAACAAGCCUGGAGCCUACAGCCGAGUCCCUCAGUUUCGGAACUGGAUCCGAGAGAAGACGGGGUUGUAGGCGGUCGU